AUGGCUAUUUGUCGCAUUGCCACCCUGUUUGCGACUCUGAGCCUCUUAAACGUCGUCAAAUCGGAUCUUGCAGAGCAGAAGCCGAUCGUUGAUGACGGACACAGCGACAGCAAUGUUGCAAAGUUGUCUCUCUAUCCGGGCUCCAGGACAUUUCCCGAUGAUCUCGACAGUUUGAGAGCCAGCUUGUCGACCUGCCCUGGCGAUGGCCCAGCCAAUACGGUUGAUUUGGCGCCUGGCGUCUGCCUUUCCGGGGAUUACUACGCGAGAGACAACAUAAAGAUCUUGCAGAAGCCCAAGUGCGCCGACGGAUCCAGCCCUGAAAUGUUCUUUUACCCCCGGAGAAGAUGUACCGGUGAGCCAACGGCUUUGGGAUGGUCUCAUGCUACUCCAGGGGACUGCCUCUGGUCAAAGAGCGACCUGGAGACGCCAUCGUACUACUGGUCCAUGAUAUUCCGGUGCGAGGACCAUCAAAAAGACGGCGCCGAACAUCACAUGGAUGCCGUGCCUCCAUUAGUCGCCCAGAAGGUAUCAGGGCCUGUUGCAGGCCAAGUGAAGUUUUAUCACUCGGAAACUUGCGAAGACCCAAUGUGGAUGCUGCGAUUUCCGCACAAUCUACUACCCGAUCAGUGUCUGUCUCAGCACGACGACUGUUUUAACCAUGGUAAGGAUACGGAGCCAUGGAGUUCUUUACAGGUUGUGACGCCUGGCAUCUGCGCAGAUGGAAGCCGUGCCAGGCUUGCUCUGUACGAGUACACCGGCGACACGUACACUGUUGCCGCUGCAAAGGAGCACAAUUGCAAUGGUGGCAAAAUGACGUUUGAGGACGGAAUGCGCGACAUUAGCGAUGGGGAUCUUGGCCACUGUAUUGACUUGAAAGAUGUCGCACUUUCUCGAGGAGGAACAGGCAAGGCCUGGGGAGUCAUGUUCUACUGCGAUGGCAUAUCAUCCCGAGAAGAAGUUACGGGAGAAGAUGGGGAUGCACCAGAAGCCGAAAAUAAGGAAAAAUUCAGCCAUGAGGUUGGAAUGGUUUCUCAUUCUGUUUGUCCAAAGCUCACAGAGGCUCCUGGGAAGCACGUCUAUUCCGACCGCCCCCCGACAUUUUUCUACCCAGCACCCGGCACUUGCAUUAACAUCCCCCGAUAUCACUCGGUACGACCCUAUCAAACACCGACCUGCCCCGAUGGAACUCCUGCGCGCCUAGCCGGUUGGCAGCAGCCCGAUUGCCCCGGCUGGCCCGGCCGCAUAACCAGCACGGACUUCAGCCCCUUUGCCAAGUGUUUCCCGAUCGACCCGCACCGGGAUUCGAGCUACAUGUACUGGUGUAAAGGCAACGGCACCGAGCCAGAAGAGCGUGACGAAACAGAGAAGAAAGCCAUCUUUAGCCCGGACGAGUGUGAGAAACCCGGUAGGGGCUAUGUUACGCGUACAACAUAUACGAGAUUGGAAGCGGAUAGGUGUUUUGCGUUCAAAGUCAGCCAGGACCGGUUUCCCAAGAUUUACUCUAACGCCAAGUGUGCCAAUGAAACCGAUGCCAAGAUGGCCAUCUGGGCGGGAGGAAAAUGCCACGGGGCACCCAAGUACUUGUUUGAUUUGCAGCCGUCAUGUUUGGGUGACUGUUUACCGUUGCCGCCGGCUAGCAGAUUCAAUGCCAUCGAUCUUAGCGGCGCUUUCUGGUGCGAUGGGUUUGACGACGUGGGGAGUGAUUACGCGGAUAUGCCCUGGCCGCAGGACCCAAGUAUACGAUUUUUGAAGGAUAAUGAACGUGCAGGUGCGCUGUUUGACUGA